GGCAUCAGUGCUUUGCUUCACGCCCGACAAUGGCUGGCCUUCCGCAAACUCCUCUCACCUCCAACUCCCAAUUCAUCGAAGCUGACGACGACGACUUCGAUGAGGAUAGCAUUCCAGGUUUCUCACACCCAACGCUACCUCAAUCUCCUGCCCCUUUGCCUAAAGGCAAAGGACGCGUCACAGAGCUCGGACAAUUUGCUCCUCCUUCUUCAGGCAAUGGACUAGCUAGCCCUUCUCUUGCUGGCAAUAUAGGAAGCGGACCUACGCGCCCGGCGCGUUCAACUGUCGGCGGACUUCAGGUGGAGAGACGAUACGCAGGAGGUGAUACACUCGACGAACCGGUUUCCAAGACCAUUGGCCGAGAUUUGCUUUCCAUAUACACCAAGCUCGUGCAAGUUCUCUAUCCUCGGAAAAGCACCAGUCGUGAAGUGCUGCGGGAUUGGGAUCUAUGGGGUCCUCUGAUCCUAUGUCUUCUGCUUGGUACAAUGAUGAGCAUAAGUGCACCAAAAGCUCAAUCCCUCAAUAUCUUUACCAGUGUUGUUGUUAUCUGUUCUAUUGGUGCAUUGACCGUGACGGUGCAAGCAAAGCUCUUAGGGGGCAGAGUAUCGUUUUUCCAGGGCCUUUGUGUUCUUGGAUAUUGCAUCGCACCACUCAACAUAGCCGCUCUCGUGGGUUGUUUUGUCCGGGUCAUUUACAUCAGAGCUCCGAUCGCUCUUCUCGCUUGGGCAUGGUGCAUCUGGGCCUCCGUCAACUUUUUGGAUGGCACUCAAAUUGAGCCGCAGAGAAUCCUGCUCGCUGUUUAUCCUUUGCUACUCUUCUACUUUAUUUUAGCGUGGAUGAUCUUGAUUCAAUAGCUGUCGAUCCACGACGACUUGACCUAUGGUCAUCCGUAUAUCCAUUUACUGUAAGCAGUACUAGUAGUGCAUCUUCACUCGAAUCCGAUUCUACGGUCACUUCGGAACGGAGGGCCGUGUUUGUAA